AUGCCAGCUGGCAGGUUUGAAGGGGAGGUUCCGCUUGACGGGGUCUUUGCAAAUAUGAGUGCAUUUUCACUUAUUGGAAAUCGAAAGAUCUGCGGUGGCAUCCCUGAACUGCACCUACCACCCUGUUCCUCUGCCCAACCACAUGGGACAAAACACAGAGCUGCUAUCUCAGCAGUGAUCAUCACAGUUGCCAGUGGAGUUCUAGGUUUGACUCUGAUUCUCUUCUUCAUUUUAAUUUACUGGACCCAAAAAUCAAGAAAGAGACAUCCAUCCAUGGCUACCAUGGGCACAGAACUUAUUAGAGUCUCCUAUGCCGAAUUGGUCAAAGCAACUGAUGGGUUUUCUUCAGCAAAUCUGAUUGGUGUUGGGAGUUUUGGUUCUGUAUAUAAAGGGGUCAUGGAGUGGGAUGACGAAAAGAUGGUUGCCAUAAAGAUACUGAACCUUCGGCAGCAGGGGGCUUCAAGGAGUUUCAUAGCUGAAUGUGAGGCCUUGAGGAGCAUCCGUCAUCGGAACCUGGUCAAAAUCAUAACUGCAUGCUCUGGAGUUGAUUUUAGAGGUAAUGAUUUCAAAGCAUUGGUUCUUGAAUUUAUGGAGAAUUGA